UGCAUCCGUGCCCCGGUGUCCGGUCCCGAGUGUGCGCACGACAAACACAGGAGUGAUCGAGGGGGAAGCGCGCACCGGUCGGGACCCACAAGCUCGCACCUGCUCGUCCUCCGCGGCUCCGCGUCGGCAGCAUCCGUCUCUCUGCCGUGUUCUCCUGUGUUCUCUCGUGUUCUCCCGUGUACUCCUCGUGUACUCCUCGUGUUCUCCUCGUGUUCUCCCGUGUUCUCCUGUGUUCUCUCGUGUUCUCCCGUGUACUCCUCGUGUACUCCUCGUGUUCUCCUCGUGUUCUCCCGUGUUCUCCUGUGUUCUCCUCGUGUACUCCUCGUGUUCUCCUCGUGUUCUCCUGUGUUCUCCUCGUGUUCUCCCCGCAGCCCUCCCGGCGACCGAGCAUGUCCCUGUCCGGCUCACAGACGCCAGAGGACGGACUCUGCGAAGUCAUUGAUGGAGAGAAACAGACACUCGGUUCUUCCCUGGCUCCCGUCCUUAUGUAUGGCAGUGUUACGAGCUCCUGGGUCGAGCUGGAGGAGCUGAUCGCAGUCGUGAGCCGCAGGGAGAGUCUGACGGGGCCGCAGGACAGCAUCUCCUCCGCCCUGCAGGGGGAGCUGGAGAGGAUCCUUCUGGAGGCGCAGCUGGAGUGUGAGAGGAGUAAAGACAGUCCUCCGCAGGUGGCGACUCCACAGUCCACUGGUUCCCCGAGACCCUCCAGUGAUCAGGACAGUGACUGUGUCACCAUACAGGAGGAUGGCGACCGGCGAGUGGACACAGACUGGGUGUGGGACUGGUCCAGUAGACCUGAAAAUAUGCCACCGAAAGAGUUUGUGUUUCAGCACCCGAAGCAGCCGCAGAGCUCCCUCAGUGUCAGGAAGACAGAGGUGAUGAAGAGAGGAAUCUUCUCCUCCGACGUCCUCCUCAUCCUCGUCCCCUCGCUGCUGGCGUCGCACCUGCUCACACUUGGCGUCGGGAUCUACAUAGGGAAACGACUGGCUGCUUCCACAACUUGCACGCUGUGACAUUGGCCGUAGGCCCCCUAUUUGAUAACAGUCUGGCCACUAAGGUCACACUCCGCCCUCUCUACUAAUUUGCCUCCUUCCUUCUUCGUCAAGGGGGCAACUAUAGGACCCCGACUGUCUGUAUCUCUGUCUCAGUUUAUUUGUACAUGUGUCUACCCAGCAGCACUCUGCCAGUCUGUCUCUCCGUCAGCCCCCCUGUCAGUCUGUGCUUGUCGUAGGGCCCGAGGAGCGCAUUGAUGUCGGCCGACGAGUCAGACCCAGGUCACUUUUACUCUCCUAAAGAGUAACACUGAUCUCAGCUAGCUAAAGCAGCAUCAGAGAGAAGGAGAUCGCCCAGAUACAAGGGAAGGAGAGUUUUACCUGACUAGAACUAUAAAUCCCUUUGAUUGGAGGAGAUGAAAACAGCUAGUUGGGGGCAGUGUGCGCAAACCAAAUGGGCAACGAUAAUAUGUGGUAGCCUUUCUCCCAACCUCUGAGAGAGCAAAAUGUCAGUAAUUUGUCAAAAGUAAUGACCCUCUGUGAGACCGAGGCACUGAAAGUGGGUCUUGGAGGUUUUUUAUGCCAUGAUGGUUUAUCUAAUGUAGAGAGUUGUAGUUGGCUGAGUGAAUGUAAGAGUGGCUCUGGUUGAGCUUUUGUGUCCCAUGAACCAAUUCAAUAUUUGACCUCGGAUAAAGACAAUCACGAUCCCAUUAAACUUCACUCCUCAAAAAAACU